GCGAGUGAAAGCACUCCUGCCAUCCCAUUGAUGAUGUCGAGCAUGGGGACGACCUUUGCUCCGAUCACCACUGUAGGAUCGAUUAGCAUGAUCCCAAUCAUGUCAACCCCUACUCCUACGCCGACGACAACAAUGUUCCCAGGCUCGAUAACAACGCCUGGUGGAGCAUUCACACCAUACUCGUCAGCUUGGGCUCAGUUUGCUGCUGACCCGACAAAUGCUCAGGCUCUACAGGGCUAUCAACAGGUGAUGGCCAUGAUGCAACAGGCAGGUGGCUUCAUGCCAUUUGCCUAUCCUGGGGACAAAGAGGAUGGGCCCCGCAAGUCUGCCAAGCUACGUCUUGGUCCUGAGAUGGGCCGGACUAGCGCAAUGGAAAGACUUGGAGGGAAUUGUCCCGCCCAAUCUCGUCAUUCUAGGGAAUCUGAGACGAUUCACCUAGGUGAGGAGGAAGCUGAAAGCCAGCCCAGGGCAUCGGCAUAUACCAGGCUCUCAUAUGAUGAGGAUGACCUGGACAAGAUAGGAAGCGUAGCAAGAAAGCUACGUGCCCUGGAAGAAAAGGUGGACGAGAAGGCGGGAGCAAAGAAGCACACCCUGGCCAAAUCACCCUUUUCGGCCAGGGUACAUGCACAAAAAUUGAGGCGGAAGGUCAAGCUGGAUAUGGAGAAAUUCACUGGAAAGGAGGAUCCAAAUGUCCACCUUGACACCUUCCACAAUGCAGCACAGAUGGCCGGGUGCACUGAUGCUGAGGAGUGCUUGCUCUUCUUCUCAUCCUUGAGAGGGAGGCCUGUGGAAUGGUUUAACGGCCUUCCCCAUGGCAGGAUUGGGUCCUUUGAGAAACUUGCCGAAGUUUUCCGCAAGAAGCCUGGAAUCAACCAGGUCAGGGCUAUUAUUUCCAUGGCACACUUAUGCAUGAAGUUUUACACUCCCAAUGGAAUCGGGGAGGAAAGGGGUGAUCAAAAGAACGCCCGGUCCUGCUACCUGGAAGCAGUCAAGAAGAUGACCCGCCAGUUCGAACAAAUUGAAUUGGUCUCCCAACAGGUAGACAAGGGUGAGGAGAAGGCUAGGAUUGAGCCGGAUGCAAACACGGAGGAGAUCCAGAUUGAUGCCUCCAAUCCUGAGAGGAAAGUCAAAAUUGGGACUGAUCUUCAGGAAGAGCUAAGGACUGAGAUUGUCCAGGUGCUGACCAGGCCAUUAGAAGUUGGUCAAGAAGAAUUCAACCUAGACGAAGUGUCACAUUCUAACCUGGAAGUUGACUGGGUCAGAAGACAAGCGGGGAAGAAACCGACCUAGACGUUUUCAAGUCAAGAAACCAGGACAUGAGAUGACCUGGAAGUUUUCAAGCCUUUGCGUCUAAAGUGGUCUUCAAAACUUCCAACCUAGCCUACUACACCAGGACAUGAGAUGACCUGGAAGUUUGUUGCAGUUCAACCUAGACAUAAGCCGGUCCAGAAGACUAGUCAGGCAUGAGGUGCUCUGGACGUUUCAUGGGGUGUAGAAAUAAAGGUUUAGACCUGGA